AUGGCUCCGCUUGACUGGGAUAAGGCGGGCGAAGUGGUGGACCCGGCGGACUUCGAAGAUGAGGAGGACUCCACGGCGCGAGAGGUGCUGGACAUGGCCUUCAGCAAGAUGGACCCUAAGAAGAAGCAAGGAUAUGUGGAGCAGUUGCAAAAGGUCCAGUUGGCGCCAGAGAAGCGAGGUCCUCCCAUCCCGCAGGCAAGAGAGGAGGAGCUCUUGGCCAAGGGCUCCAAGGCCACACAAGAGGAGAUCGAGGAACUCCUCGAUCUCCGCCGGCAGCGCUGGGGCAACGCGGCCGGCGGCAGGAAGGGCACCGGGAGCUGCAGAGCCUGUGGAACAGCCGCGGCGCAGCCAUUUCAGUGCGGCACCUGCAAAAGUGUCCGCUAUUGCUCCCCAGAAUGCCAGAAGAGCCAUUGGAAGGAGCACAAGAAGAAGUGCAGACAGCGCCUGCGCGUGCAGAUCUGUGUGCUCUCCGAUUUCGCCUGA